AUGGAGGAAGAUAUGGCGAUCUUGAAGUCUGGGAGCACUGCGUCGGAGGCAGGCGCACAAUCUCCGCAACCUGAUUGGAUCGCCAACAUAUGCGAGGACUGCGUUCGCUCGUCCUCAAUCGACCUCUUCACUGCUGCCGAACCUCUGGAUGCCGCGAUCAUCGCGGUCGAGGCCCGCUUCAAAGAAGCCAGCGACCUUGAAGUGUGGGAGCGCUGCGUCGGAGGCAGGCGCGUCAGCCGCCCUGCCUUCAACGCCAAGAACCGCGAGGACUGCAACAACAAGUUGGAUAUUCGACGCUACGAGGGCGCCGAGAAGGACUCUCGUGACGGCGAGGUGACCGCCAAUAUCGACGCGGACCCAGCCAAGCUGAAGUACACGGUCGACAUCAUCUACGCGAGCGCUAUGGAAGACAAGAAUUGGGUAUACGUCGCAGUCAAGCUGCUGAACUAUCUCUGCCAUCUCAUCCCAGCAACACUUGCUGACCCCAACGGACUCCCCGAUGGGCUCCUCAUGAAGACAUGCGUUGGUCGUGCUACCGUCGACAAGGGCGUUGCCUUCGAGGUCUGCGCAGAGAACAGCUGCUUUGGCUCGAUCUCGCAUGAAGCGCAUUGGGUUCAUCUCCGACUUCUACCAUUUGGAAUUGUUCGAUAG